AUGUACGACUCUAGUGUUCAUCCCAUGCAGACAUCACAGCAGCAACAACAGCAACAAUACCAGCAACACAUGCAGCAGCAGCAACAACAGCAGCAAAGGGCGUCAGCGAUGCAAGCAGCAGGACGUAUGCCCAACGGAAGGCAUGGCUCAUUCGAAAUGGGCCAGCCAUCUCAAGGCUGGGGAUAUGGAUCAGGACCUAUGCCAGGAAUGAACCAAGCAAGGCCUCCAAUGUCUGGGUUCCCAUCCAUGAUGCAGUCGUCCAUGUUGCAGCAGCAGCAACACCAACAACAGCAGCAACAGUCUCAGUCAUCACAGCAGCAGCUGCACCCACACCCUUCUCACCAGCAAGAGAUCCUAGACAUGUCCGACUUUCCUGCCCUCGGAAGCGUUAACAAUGCAUCGUCCAACCCUGGAUUGUCAGCAGCAAGCUAUGCGAGUACAGCAGGAACGCUUGCUAACCCUAAUGUAUCAGCGUCAGCAAACGGUCUCCCGCAGGAAUUUAGCAUAGAGGACGAUUUCCCAGCUUUGCCUGGUGCAAGACCCAACUCUGCCAAUUCGAGUCGGCACUUUAGCUCGAUGCAGAUGCACCAGCAGCAGCAGCAACAGCCCUCAUCCAGGAACCAGCAAGGAAUGCAACAUCACCCAUCCCAGCAACAACAGGCGCAACAUCUCCUUCAACAGUCUCAAUUGGAUGGUAUGGGAGCUUUCUCAUCUAUGCUCAGCCCGACCUCCGGAUCUCAGAUGCAGCAGUCGAUGCAAUUACAACAACAAAUGGCCAACGACCUGAUGUUUCAGCAACAGCAACAGCAACAACAGCAACAGCAGCAACAGUCUCUAGCCCAACAACAGCUCCUGCAUCUCAAUGGUCCACACUCGCCUCUAAGCGGGCACCUUGCAGGCUCGCCUGGUGAACUGGGAAAGGCGACCAAGAGCUACGCAAACAAGGCCGGAAAUGCAUCAGGACUCUUUGCGGCACUGACAGGCAGCCCGGCAACAACACCAUCAGCAACAGUCAAUGUCCCAACAUCAACAGGUGGCUCCAGUACAGGACUGCAUUUGAACGCAACGCAACCUACAAGUGGGGUCAACACGUCAGCGGGCGCAGGUGCAGGAUCGGCUACCUCAGAGUCUGGCGAUCAAAACAGGACUGUACUUGAUGAUCAUGAUCGGUUUGGGCUGUUUGGCAUGCUUGGCGUGAUCCGUAUGGCAGAUCAAGAUGCCACCACUUUGACCCUUGGCCGCGACCUGACCACCCUCGGCCUAAGCCUAAACUCUGCCGAGUAA